AUGCCGCCAUCAAAGCGCAAAGCACGUCGCAAGCCCGCCGGUGCCCUCCCGUCCUCUGAGCUCGACCUUCCAGAUUCUUCCCCAACACAGCCGUCUUCUAAGAAGCGCAGGGUCAAUGGAUCCCGCGCCGCAGCAAGGCGACAGUCCCUCUCGCCCAACCCCGACCCUUCCCUUGCCCAGGAUUCGGGCGAUGAGGCCGAAGAAAUCUCGCAGACCGAUCUUAUUGACUCCGUCGUAUCCUUCCUUCAGGUCUCUAAAGACCCCGUCGUCGCAAGGACCGAAUAUGCCAAUGACAAGGCGCACAAUAACAGCCCGCAGAAGGUGUCCGCAUAUGCAAAGAUUGCCGGUCGAGAUUGGACCUACUUUGUGCAGGAGCAGUCUGUCAAUAUUGGACGACCGCCGGAUGAGCGGCCGACCGUGAACGGUGCUUCAAGCCCUGUCACCGACUUGAAUGAUGUGUUGCCGGUCCACAUCGACCUUGGACCCAGCAAGAUCGUCUCCCGCCAUCACGCCUCGAUUUAUUACGAUGCCGAUUUCCCUGUUGAUGAAGGGGGCUGGCAUCUAAGAGUCAAUGGUAGGAACGGUGUGCGGGUCAACAACGUGUUAGUCAAGAAAGGCUUGAGAAGACAACUGAGGUCGGGCGACAUACUGGAAAUCGCUGGGACGCAAAUGAUGUUUGUGACGCCUGGCGACAGAGUCCAAAUUGACCAAUACUUUCUGGACCGCGCCAAAGCGCUUGCCACUGGGGAGGAAAUUGCGCCUUCCGCCGCCCUCCCAGCACCUGCGAAGCGGGACCUUUCGUACGGAACCAUGCAGCAAUUCCCGUCGCUUGCUCCAGCUCCUCCUGAUAUGAAGCGUGAAACAACCCCGCCUCCUCAAUCGGAUGCGGGAAAGCAUCAACGGGGCGUUUUCGACAGCAAAUUGCCCAUGUCACCCAUGUACGGUAGGGGAAUGAUGAUAGAAAGCACCCAGGAGAUCGACUACAGUCGAGAUAGCGCAAAAGACCUCAAGCCUCCCUUCAGCUAUGCGACCAUGAUUGCCCAAGCCAUAUUUUCCAGCGAAGAGGAGAAGUUGACCUUGAGUAAUAUCUAUUCUUUCAUUGCUGACAAGUAUGCCUUCUAUCGACAUUCCAAUAGCGGCUGGCAGAACUCCAUUCGUCACAAUUUGUCUCUGAACAAGGCUUUCCAAAAAGUCCCUCGACGUACCGAUGAGCCUGGCAAAGGCAUGAAGUGGCAGAUUGCCCCAGAAUGUCGUCAGGAUUACUGGAAGAAACUGUUCCGGCGUGGUAAUGGCUCCACGCCGUCAUCUCCCGCAUCUGCGAAAGACGUCAAUCCUAACUUCCGCGGCCCAAACGGCCAAAAUCUCGGCUACGACACGUCCAUGGUCAGUCAAUUUUCUGCCAGGGAUAUAAAUGACCGCCCUAACGCACAGCUUCCUGGGAAGACCAAUGGCCAAUUUUCAUCCUUUAACUCGGGACAACAAUCCCAGCACGCUCCCAGUCUUGCUCCGUCAGCCCCACGACUGCAAGAGGCUAUUACACCUCAAAGACACAGAGCCAGCACACAGAACACGCUUCCUGACAUGGAACUAGAGGACUCACCCCUGCCACCCGGUCAUCCUCGACCGACGCCGCGUCUGGGAAAUGGACUACCAAUCUAUACUCUUCCUCCCGCUAUGCCACCUGCGCACCAUUCUCCGGUCAACCCGACCCUGUCAUCAUCAUACCUGGACACUCCCUUCCAUCCUUCACAGCAUAGUAUCAUCACACCGGCACCCUUGAGGCAAAACCCUAGGCUAGCUCCGCCCAGCACGCUAGUUGCUCCAAGUAAAUUCAUGCCGGAGUCAUCUCCCGCAGGCGCCGGUCUGUUCUGGAAGGGCUUGAUGGGCGUGACACCAGGUCGUCCCCCGCCUGAUAUGUCGCCCGUCAAAGACGAUGACCCUCAGGCCAAUGGUAUCGAUCGGCAGGUACUGAGUUCCAGCCCGCCGCCGAUGGAUGGGGGCAUGGGUAGUCCCAGCAAACCUGCUAGAAGCAGUCAAGCGCCAGCCACUUCGAACCCAAGAGCUAAGAUGGAGGCUACGCCAGUGAUAACACAACGUGAGAAAGAUGUGCCCACUAGGGACAGCGAUGGGUUCGGCGAACACGCGCCCACCACCGGCGUGACUUCUAGUUCUACAGGAGCAACACAAUUUCUCCAACCCGCCAGCUUCACCGCGCGAUCUGCUUCUCACGAUACCACCAUGGGUUCGAAUCAUGCAGAUGGUGAUGAGGACGGAACCGGCGAAUUCGACCUGGCCAAAGGGUUCGCUCCAAUCGCAGGCAGCGGUUUCAAUUCGCAGAGGAGCAGUAGUAUCGGCGUUGCCAAAGCCGGAUCUUGA